ACACCGCAAUAAUCCGCAAUAAAUUUGUAUUAAUUUCUCUGUGUGAAUCAUUUAGCACCAGAAGUCAAACAAAAAAGGAAAUUUGUGAAAAAAACCAUAGAAGGAAAUCAGUUAAAAAGGUAUUUCAAUAACACGAAUCGGAAAAAUUAAUGGGAAUUUUAAUUUAUUCCAUAAGAAAUCACAAACCAUAACUCGUACAGUUCGAGCUAUAUCACCUACAGGUUUACAAGCAGUUGUCCACGCAAAUCAAAAUUUAUGCGUUAAUCAAGGAACAUCAUCAAAGGAUAAACCUAUAUUUGACAUAAUGAUUCGCCUACCUGCAAAUGUUACGCCCGACAGUGUUGUUAUUUCCAUGUAUUUGGAUUCAGUUGAAUCCAAAAACAAUCUCAAUUCAAACUGCCCGAAAGAUUCAAAUAUCGUUAAUGUUAGUACUUCAGAGAAAUCCAUAAAAUUGGAAUGCAGUGAAGAUACGGAUACUGUGACAGUUUUCGAAGGAAAUGUUGUAUUAUCAUCAGACGUGGAUAUAACAUCAUUAUCAAAAAUUCCAUUGGUCGUUUUCAGUGACAAAACGGAAAUAGCUGCAGUUAAUUUAAUUGACACAAAACAUUGGAAUUUGACUAAUGAAAAAUUCGGUUUUGGGAAUUUAAUACUUACAUUUCCUAAAUAG